GGAAACUUUCCUAUAAAACUCAGCAAAAGUCCCUCCUCUCCACGUCAGGCCAAUGACACUGCUGCCCCAAACUUUCCGCCAGCAGGAGCUAUAAGAACCUCCAAGUCUUCAACUUUCUCCCAAUCCCAGACACCUCGAAGGGGCUCCAAGGAGGGAUCGGGAGGGAAUUUUUUUUUUGUUGGCUUUUUUUUCCUCUUGGAUCCUGAUGCCAUCCCCCCUCCCCCCAAAGUGAGGUCCUCCCUCCCUCCCUCCCUGCUCCUCCUUCUCCUUGCAGGCCAGCGAAGCAGCCGAUCAAGGGGGAGCUGGCGGGUUAGGUGCCCCCCUCUUCUCCCUGCCCUCCCCCCCCUCCCGGCCCGCUUCUCGCGUCUGCCCCCAGAGAUGAUGCAGCAGGACGAGUCAAACUCUCCAGUCUCCCCCGCCGACGACAGCUUGAGCAACAGCGAAGAGGAGCCGGACCGGCAGCAGCUGCCCAACAACAAGAGAGGGGGGCGCAAGCGGCGCUCCAGCCGCCGCAGCGCCGGCGGCGCCGUCGGGGCCGCGGACGAGCCCUGCAGCCCGGCCCAAGGCAAGCGGGGCAAGAAGUGCGGGGCGAGCGGCGGCGGCGGCAGCAGCAGCGGCGGCGGCAGCCCCCAGUCCUACGAGGAGCUGCAGACCCAGCGGGUCAUGGCCAACGUGCGGGAGCGGCAGCGCACUCAGUCGCUGAACGAAGCAUUCGCGGCCCUGCGGAAGAUCAUCCCCACACUGCCCUCGGACAAGCUGAGCAAGAUCCAGACCCUCAAGCUGGCGGCCAGGUACAUCGACUUCCUCUACCAGGUCUUACAGAGCGACGAGCUGGACUCCAAGAUGGCAAGCUGCAGCUAUGUGGCCCACGAGCGGCUCAGCUACGCCUUCUCGGUGUGGAGAAUGGAGGGCGCCUGGUCCAUGUCCGCAUCCCACUAGCAGGCGGCUUCCCCCACCCGCAUGUCCCCGGCAGGAGCCCUAGAGGUCGUGCCUGUGAGCCACUGAUGAAAGGAAAUACAUUAUUGUGGACUUUCUUCAUUCUUGAAUGAAACCAACCAAUCAACCAAAAAAUAUCCCUGUAGAGAUGAAAACCAUUUUUUUAGGGGGGAAUAAGCUGGGCUCUAGCUGUUGUAUACCCGGUUCCUAACUUUUUUAUUAUUAUUAUUUUUCCUCUGAGAAAAAAAAGUAAACAUUUUAUUUAUUUAUUGAUGACCCAUGUUAAAAUGCAAAUAGAUCCGGUGUCUAAAUGCAUUCCUAUUUUUAUGAUUGUUUUGUAAAUAUCAUUGUAUAUUAUUUUUCUGCAAUAAAUAAAUAUGAUUGAAAUUUUAA